AUGAGGUUCACAGAUGGAAUGUGGCAUCUGAAGGAGGGUGUUCGCAUUGAGUGGAUGAGCAAUGUCGAACGUCUGCGCAUUGAGCAGGAGACGGUGGAUCUGCUGUUGAACAAGGUGCAACGGCAUCGGGGUGAUACAUUGAACUCGCCGACCAUUUCUGCGAAAGUGACAUCCCCUUCGGAGGGAAUUAUUGGUGUGAAGCUCGUGCAUUGGGCCGGGGAAAUCGACAACGGUCCCCACUACGACAUAAGCUCUAGCACCGGACACGCCUCUGUCGUCCACGACAAAGAAACCAACAAACUCACCUAUACCAGCGGUCCCCUCAAUCUAGCCAUAACUACCAGCCCCAACGAGCUAGCCUUCACGUUCCAAGACUCAUCCAGCAAAAAACUAACCGGCCACUCAUGGCGCUCAAUUGGCUACGUCGCCGACCAACGCAGUCCAAUCUACACCCAUGACGACGGCAUGUACGCCACCAAACAAGGGUAUAUGCUCAGCGAGCUCGACCUCUCCGUGAGUGAAAAGAUCUACGGUCUCGGCGAGCGUUUCGGCCCUCUGGUUAAAAACGGUCAAACAGUCGACAUCUGGAACGAAGAUGGCGGUACGAGUUCCGAGCUCGCAUAUAAAAACAUACCCUUCUAUAUGUCCUCCAGGGGCUAUGGCGUCUUCGUCAACCAUCCGGGGAAAGUGAGCUUGGAAGUUCAAUCCGAGCGGACGACGCGAGUGAAUAUUUCCGUUCCGGGUGAGGAGAUUGAGUAUUUUGUAGUUUAUGGGCCUACUCCUAAGGAUGUUCUUCGACGGUACACGGCGCUUACGGGACAGCCGGGGCUAGUGCCGACGUGGAGUUAUAACUUGUGGUUGACGACGAGUUUCACGACGAAUUAUGAUGAGGAGACUGUGAGUGGGUUUUUGGACGGGUUUGAGGAGAGGGGGAUUCCGCUAGGGGUUUUCCAUUUCGAUUGUUUCUGGAUGAAGAGUUAUCAGUGGUGCGAUUUCAAGUUUGACGAGGAGAUGUUUCCGGAUGCCGGGGGUUACUUGGCUAGAUUGAAGGAGAGAGGUUUGAAGAUUAGCGUUUGGAUUAAUCCGUAUGUUGGACAGGCGUCGCCUCUUUUCGAAGAGGGGAAGGCGAAGGGGUUCUUCAUCAAGCGUGUCGAUGGCUCGGUCUGGCAGUGGGAUCUCUGGCAGGCUGGAAUGGCCGUCGUCGAUUUCACCAACCCAGCAGCUUGUGACUGGUACAGCAGCCAUCUGAAACGACUGAUGGAUAUGGGCGUCGAUAGCUUCAAAACCGACUUUGCAGAGCGGAUCCCAGUCAAGGGAGUCAAAUACCACGACAACUCCUCCCCGGAGCGAAUGCACAACUACUACGCCCUUCUAUACAACCGCAUCGUGUACAACACGCUUAGCGAGAAAGCUGGUCCAACUCAAGGCCUUCUCUUUGCGCGCAGUACAGCACCAGGAGGACAGAAAUACCCAGUUCACUGGGGCGGCGACUGCGAAAGCACCUUUGAAGCCAUGGCGGAGUCUCUGCGCGGUGGUCUCAGUCUCAGUCUCAGCGGGUACAUCUUCUGGGCCUCCGAUAUUGGCGGAUUCGAGGGAACGCCACCACCGGCGCUGUACAAGCGAUGGGUGCAGUUUGGGCUGCUGUCGACACAUUCGCGUCUGCACGGAUCGUCGUCGUUCCGGGUGCCGUGGAUCUAUGGCGAGGAUUGUUCGGCUGUUUUGCGGGAGUGUGUUAAGCGCAAGAUCCUACUAACGCCGUAUAUCCUACAAGAAGCGUUGAGGGGCCACAGAGAUGGAACACCGUUGAUGAGAGCGAUGUUUUUGGAGUUCCCAGAGGAUUUGAAUACUUAUGCUGUCGAUACGCAGUAUAUGUUUGGGCCGAAUCUGUUGGUUGCGCCUGUGUUUGAUAAAGAGGAGGUCACUUUCUAUGUGCCUAGGUCUGACGAUGAUCGAGCUGGGAAGUGGAUUUCUUGGUUUGAUCAUAAUAAGACUUAUGAGCCUGGCCAGUGGUACACGGAGACUCACGGUUUUGAGACUUUGCCGCUGUUGAUUCGGCCUGCUUCAGUGACGGUGGUGAAUCCUGAGCUGAAGGUACCGGAGGGUGAUGCACUUUCCGGCAUUCAGUUGCUGGUCAAUGGCACGUUGCGUAGAGAGACCACGGUGGAGAUUGUGAAUCCAGGUCAGACGGACGAGGUUCUCAAGAUGCUCAGGGUCUCCCCCUGCGGACGGGAAAGUGCAGUGUGA